AGCAUUAGCAGCAUUAGCCUCAGCACUAACUGGAAAUUAAUAUAUUCCUCAACAGAGCUGUGGUAAUUGAACAAGUGGUACUUGUAGAUUAUUUCGUCUCUUUGUUGUUGUAUGCCAUUGUUAUUUAAAAUACUCACAAUGUUCCCGUUUGUUAUGUAAUCCUCUUCAAUAUCAGAUUUUUACACCACAGUAAUUAGCCAAGGUUAGCUGCUAGCUGAUGCUAAUGUGCUUCCGCCGGCCGGCUCACGCCCAGCAACUGAAACCGGCAGCCCGGGUUGUUUUCAGCUGCGACUCGCUGUCAUUCAAGCGGUCGUCGAAAGUGAAUUAACAUUGACAAUAGUUGAAUAAAUCGGCGUGCACUGUCUAUUAAACGAAGGUUAACUGCUAGUGCUGCGAACGCGACUGGUACCCAAGUAUUACUCAUGCUAACAUAGCCGAUAGACAGCGCAGGAGGUAUUGAUGCGGGGUUUGGCUUGCACAUUGGUUUAUUUGUCGUUGGGCGCUCUGCAAGAAUGUUUAUCAUCGUUCUUGUCACAUGUCCUAACGCGUUUAUUUGUUUUUAAUGAUGUUUGGUCACCUAAUUUACUGCUGUAUGAAUUACCGUCGCUACCUGCAUACAAAAGCCGAGAGGGAGCAGAGGUCGGAGGCGAGUCGGGAAGCCGAUGUCCACUCGACAACUGAGGUGGCAAAAGAACUCAAACUGUGUACUUGGAUAGAACUACUGAUACUUUUAGUGGGGGGAAAACGCUUGAAGUUCUGAUUUAACUUCAGUACGUAGGUUAAAAAAAUAGAGACUAAGCAUAGCAUAGCUAGGAACUUAAAACAGAGUUUUCGGUCCUUAGACAAGCUUCACUUUCAGUGAUGCCACCAAAAACUGUCCACACACAAGUGAUGUGUAACAAUUUGGCUUUACACUGAUGAGUUGCAGCACAUUAUGUCCCAUAUGUUCAACUCCCCCAAAAUGCCUGGACAUCAAACCUUGGCAUAAUGUGCUGCUGGUGAGCAGCAGUAGACAUCCCGAUAAAUGGAUUGUUCCUGGAGGGGGCAUGGAACCUGAAGAGGAGCCCAGUGUCGCUGCCACUCGGGAGGUGUGCGAGGAGGCGGGCGUGAAGGGGACGUUGGGUCGCUUAGUUGGCGUGUUUGAGAACCAAGAGAGGAAACACAGAACUUUCGUCUACGUUCUGAUCGUGACGGAGGUUCUGGAGGACUGGGAGGACUCGGUCAACAUUGGGAGGAAAAGGGAAUGGUUUAAAAUAGACGAUGCCAUACAGUUGUUGCGGUGUCACAAGCCAGUGCAGGCCACCUACUUUGAGGCUUUCCAGGAGAGCUGCCUGACCAGCAACGGGACCCCCUUGGCGGCCACAAUAGGUGGGGAACUCUCCUCCACCUACAGCAUCAACCAGAGCUCCGUCUCGGAUAUCAGAUAACUAAAAACCCAAACUGAACACCACCCCAAACACCAACCACAGCGCCCCCGACACUCUCCACGUCAGGAGCUUUGGCCACCACUUGCGCUCUUACGUUUCUUUGUCUUCUUCUUCUUCUUCUUCUUCUUCCACUCUGUCUGCUUUGUCUUGCCAACUCCUCAGCGCCACCUUGGUGGCACAGACUGGAUGACGAGUGUUGGCGGAAACACUUUUGACCUUUUGUUUUUCUUUUUACUGAACCUCGUUGCAUGAAAACAAACAAAAAAAAAAGCUCCCCCUCCCCGCGAUGCACCCUUAGGUUUCAACUGAAUGAAAAAGAACUACUUUUUACUCUUGUCAUGUAAAAGUGUGUAUCUAUCUCGUACUUAAAACAGAAAAGACUUUUGGUGGUCCUUUUUAA